AUGGCUUCCGCAUCGGCUUCCUCGUCGUCUUCCUCCUCAUCAACAGCCAUUUCCGCUUCCGCAGGAAUCUCCGCUUCCGGUGGGACUUCCACUUCCGCCUCCUCUUCACUCGCAGCGGGGCUUGCGCGCAAGUUGCGCAAGGUCCUCGACACGCGCACGGACUCCCCCGAGCUGCUGGCAGCACUGGGCGCACUUUCGGGCUUCUACCGCGAAAACUCGUUGGCCAAUCGGCGCGCUUUGAAGUCCACGAUUGAACGUAGAGGAUUGGCUAUUAACGAGGAAUUUCUUCAGGCGUCGGAAGCUGCUCAAGAGGCGCUAGAUGUGGUAGAGGCGGAGGUUCGGGGCCUUGCAGAGUGCUGCGACAGAAUCGGUGCAGCACUGACCACGUGUGCGUCAACAACAGGGGACAUGGUGCUGGCAACAGAGAGGCUCAAGCUGGAGCUGGUUACCACUGUGCGCCGCCAGCAGCUCGUCGCCGCCUUCCUUAGAAGCUACCAGCUCUCGCCACAGGAGGUGCAAGCACUGCGAGAGGACGAGAUCAGCGAGAAGUUCUUCGAGGCGCUGAACCGAGUGCAAGCAUUGCGGGAGGACGAGAUCAGUGAGAAGUUCUUUGAGGCGCUCAACCGAGUGCACGAGAUUCAUGCCAACUGCAAGCUGCUGCUGCGCACCCACCACCAGAGGGCGGGGCUGGAGCUGAUGGAUCUGAUGGCGGUGUACCAGGAGGGGGCGUAUGAGCGACUGUGCAGAUGGGUGCAGGCGGAGUGUCGCAGCCUGGGGGACAGCGAUGGGGACACACCGGAAGUGGGCCCUCUGUUGCGCACUGCAGCGCAUUGCCUCAAGGACCGCCCCGUGCUCUUCCGCUACUGCACAGAGGAGGUGGCCAACACACGCCACAACGCACUCUUCCGCCGCUUCAUUGCUGCUCUCACCCGCGGAGGGCCGGGCGGCAUGCCUCGUCCCAUUGAGGUGCAUGCGCACGAUCCGCUGCGAUACGUGGGCGACAUGCUGGCAUGGCUGCACCAGGCACUAGCCUCAGAAAAAGAGCUCGCCGCUGCUCUUUUCGCCAGCACAGAUAAACCCUCUUCCACGUCAGCAGAGUCUGGACCAUCAGAAGGAGCCGGAUCAGGAGAAGGAGGAGCAACGGCAGGAGGAGUGGAUGCUGACGUGGCAGCAGUGCUUGACCGCGUUUUUGAGGGCGUGUGCCGGCCAUUCAAAGUGCGUGUGGAGCAGGUGCUGACGGGGCAGCCAGGGCUCGUGCUGUGCUACAAGCUCUCCAGCCUCCUCUCCUUCUACUGUCACACGGUGGCAGAGCUGCUGGGAGAGCAAGCAGCGCUGUGCGUGGUUCUGAGGGACCUCAGCGAAGCAGCAGGGCGGGCGUUCCUCGACGCAGUCAAGCUCAGGGGAGACCGUGUGCUGCGCUUCCCCCCAGCAGUGCCCUCCGACCUCUCUCCCCCGCCUCUGGUGGGGGAGGGAGUGGCGGUGGUGUUGGAGCUGCUCCAGGCGCAUGCGAGUAUGAUGGUCCCUGCUGGGGCUGCCAAACCGGAUUUUCUUCCCGUUGCUGCUGCGCUGCUAGACCCCCUUGUGGAGGUGUGCACGCGGGCAGCACAGGCCCUCACAGCAAAGGCCGUGACUGCUCUCUCCUCGGGCUCCUCCUCUCUCCCUCGUCGCGCCUCUUCUUCCGCAUCCAUGUCUGCAGCAGCAGGGGGGGACAGCCAGCCAUUGGGGAGAAGAGGGUCUGUGCCUCUGGGCAGGCGGGCUACUGAUGGGCAGGACGAUGGGACGGACAACACGGCGGUGGCAGUGGCAAGGCACAUUUUCCUCGCCAACUGCCUCGCAGCACUGCACGCACCCCUCGUACCAUUCCCAGUGCUCACACCCUACUCCCAGGGGCUGGCAGGGGCGCUUUCAGAGCACGUCACAGCCAUGGUGCAGCUCGAGGUGGCUGCCAUCCUCGACCACUGCAUGCUCUCUCCCAUCCUCCGCCUCAUUGCUCAAAUCAACCAGGCCUCCCAGCAACAGCAACAACAGCAGCAGCAGCAAGAAGGCGCAGAGGUAUCAGCAGCAGGAGCAGCAAACCCCCCGCCACAGCAGUACCCGCCCCUGGCCCAGUUCCCAGAGGCGUCCCCCUCUGCUGUGGCGGAAUCCCUGCAGCGGCUCUUUGCGCUGUUGGCAGGGGCGGAGGGGCGGUUGCCGGAGUUUGAGGCUCUGGGAGUGGCGAAGCUGAGGGCGCAGGCUGCAGGGCUGGUGGCGGGGGCGCUGGCAGAUGCUUAUGCAGUGGUGUAUGAGGCGGUGUGUGAUGGAAGGAACCAGUAUCCUGAUGCUGGGGGGUUGUUGCGGCACACGCCCGAGCACAUGCGCACGAUUCUGGGCAUUUGA